AUGAAUGGAGGGUGUGGUGUUCUUUUUGUACCAGUGCUGCAAUGGUCCUUCCUCUGUUUUUUUGCUCUGUUUUAUGGUGUUUUGCUGCGGGCUAUCCAGGCCUGCCUAUCUGUUUGGUGUUGGGUGGGUGAUGUUUUGCUGCUGUUGGCUGUUCUAGAUGCUUUCAUGGAUGGCUCCUGCUGGUUGCAUUCUAGUUGUUUUGGAUUCUGCUCUUACCACACUGCUGCAUAUUGCUUGCUGGGUGUACCACUUUGGGGGCAAGUGGCGUGUUGCUGGUAUUUGAAUUGGUGGGUUUUUGUUUUUGGUGUUGGGCGCACCUCUGGUGGGGCAUGUGGCAUGUGCAGAUUUUGUUUUGCUGGUGCUUGCUUUGGCUGCUAUGUCUUUAUGGUGGCUGUGCUUGAUGCUGCGGCUGACGAUGCUGUUUGUUAUUCUACUUGGUACUGCUGUUUGAUAUUUCUUUUUGAUGUUCUUGUCUUGAUGUCCAGUUUGCUGGACUUGUCUUUUUCUGUUUCUCUUCUGGAAUGUGCUUCGGGGAUGAGGGAUGUUGGGAAUUAA